AUGGACAAGAGACAUGAUUACACAGCCCUCUCGUUUAUCGUGACUACUCCCACCCAGAAGCAAACAAGAUGCCAAAACCGGCAGAUAAAGAAGCAUGCUGCUAAAGUAUGUCCUCCGCGGCAGCGUCCACGAAAGCCCAGAUCACGGGGACCGCCAAAAACCAACGAGCACACUCGAGCAAUUCAUAGGGUACUGGCCCCGGCAGAGCAGAAGAGAGUGAUGCCGACAUCCAGCUAUGCACCAAUCUUAGGGCUAACAGUGGCCAUUACCUCUGAGAAAAGCGUGUCUGCUAUCCCUGGUCCCCGCUCAUUACAUAGUCUGGCUACAUGUUUGUUUGCCCCCCUGUUCGUCCUAACUCUGACGCCUGCCCUGGCUUAUUCUGUCACAGUUUUCUUCUUGGUAUCACUGGAAAUGUAUCCUAAAGAACUCUCCAUUGAUGUUGAUGACGGAAAGAAUGAUGUGUACUGGAUUGGCACAGCCUUUCACGACCAAGUAUACCUACAUGCCAUUCUUGCAUUAACUGGAGUUUUCUUCGAUACACACCAAGUGGAAAGCCAUACUCCCGAGCCUUACAAGCAUUCGAUCAAAGCACUUCAACUUCUCCAAGAUCGGUUGUUCGUCAUGAAAGAGUCGGAAUGCUUUUCAGACGCGACUAUCAUGGCAAUAUUUGCCCUGGCCUCGGCAGCUGAUAUUGCGGAUGACUUACCAGCCGUUGAGCGUCAUCUCCGUGGCUUGAAAAGAAUCAUCGAUAUUAGAGGCGGGAUGGGGAGCCUACGGACCAAUACUCCUGAUCUUCUCGGCAAGAUCUGCAGACUUGACCUCAGCCUGGCUGUGCAAACUUGGAGGCCAACCGUGUUCUUCAACGAAUUGACAUCCUGGGAUCCCUACCUCGUGAUAUCCCGCGACCCUCGAGGUUCCAGCGAUGAGGCAAUAUCCAGGUGGAUCACUGACAACCUGGAACCGAGGCUGUGUACAAUAUGGGAGGACUUGAGACAGUUUCGCAGAAUGAGCAUCUUCGCCAACGAGGCAAACCAGAAGAUCCCCAAAGACACGUUCAGUGAACUGAUGGUCUCCCUCUUAUAUCGGCUCGUCAAUCUCUCCUAUGACUUGGACUCGCCCAACGAAGUAGUACGGCUCGGCAUGCUGGGAUAUGUAGCCUCCAUCUUCCUUCAGUGGGGGAAAACGGCCGAGCUCCACCACUUGCGGCGCAUGCUGGGAGGAACUUUGAAAGGGAUUCAUCCUGGGAUUAGUGACACCCCCACGCCGGUGAUAUUGUGGCUGUUCCUCACGUGGCAUCUUCUGCGUCCAUCAGAGCAGGAGGUGGGGAUGUUGGACGGGUUGCUUGGAUCAGUAUCUCGCAAUGAUAUUCCACUGAGUUGGUCUCAUGUACAAGGAUUGCUUCGAUCAUCUGUAUGGAUUGGCGAUAUGCACGAUGCGGAAGGAGAAGCCGUAUAUCGGCGUGCGAUUCUGCGAAUCUCAGCUAUAAAAUAA